CCGCACAGACGCAGAAUAACUUAGUUGUCAGCAUCCAAGGGAUCAUUAUUCGACUGGCUGUUUUCGUGGUGAGACGACACCAGAGAGACGCUAGCAUUUUCUUUCACGAAUAUUGCAUAUUGCAUAUUCAUAUCAAAUUACAAAGUAUUUCAUGCAUCGAUCUUACUGGACUUCUCAGUAUUGUAUACAUCACGUUAUUUUGCCAGAAACUGUUGCUUUUAAGAGAAGGUUUGGAUCUGUGAAGUUAGACAUAAGGACAGCUUGAGUGGUAAGCCGCAAUGGCAAUUGCUAAUUACUGCACUCAAGUGGUGAUUCUGUAUUGGCUAUCGUUUUUUCAAAUCAUUUAUGGCGAUGUUUGUGGAAGCGUGAAUUUAAAUGAACACAGUGUUGUGAUCGUUGGUGAAAUUCAAAAUGAAACCAAGAGCUCGAAUACUAUAUCUGUUCGUAUCUUAGAGAAUAUUUAUGGUAAUAUUAGUCACCAUAAAUUGGAGUUAUCACAAGUGAACAAAAUCAAGUCUUGUGGGCAUGCGCUUAAUAUUGGUGAUCAAAGAAUCUUCGUUAUUGACGCACAUCCUGAUCGCAAAAAAUUUUCUUUGUCUGGCACCCUACCAUUGGGUCUUAAACACCUGACACUUAAUGCAAAAUAUGAAAAACUCGAGAAUCGUGAAUGGCUGGAGAGUUAUUUUGCUGCAGACGUUGAGACAAAAUGUAACGAGAAUUUUCAAUGUCAGAGUGGAGGAUAUUGUAUUGUUCUUUCGACUGGUAAACCAAUAUGUCGAUGUCCAAUUGUUUGCACGAAGGAAUAUGAUCCGGUGUGUGGUUCGGAUGGCAUAACCUACCCUAACCCUUGUGUUGUAAAAUACGAGUCUUGUCUGAAACAAAGAAACAUUACCAUCAUCCAUUACGGUCAUUGUGGAGUUUCAACUUGCCGUGACGUUCUCACGGAGGAACUGGGUCGUGAUGAUGGUCAUUAUUUUCUUCAACUAAACCGUAAAUGCCAAAUUCCAGUUCGUGUAUAUUGUCAUGGUAUGAACACGACAGAACCCAAGGAGUACCUAAGUCUCCCACAAGGUGAGAGAAAUAACUACGCUAUAGUAUAUGACAAGAGAUUGCCUACAAACCCUGUCAACACGAGGUAUCGCUGUGAUGGUCUUGUUGGAAGAUUGGAUUAUUCCAGAGCUGGAGUGACAAGAUUCAAUAAGGUAAGACUUGAUGUUGAGAAAAUGACAAUCAUUACGGACGAUUUUACGUUUGCUCAUGUUGAAUCUGGGAGAUCGAUCAAGUUUGGCGAAGCAGGUGAUUGUUUCUCAGCUAAUCCUGGGCCAUGUAGAAAAGGCAGUUUCAAGAUUGACCUCACAAAUACUGGAUUGCACGUGGACAGGACAGUUAGAUGGUCUGCAAAUGGUUUUCCACUCAAUAUUAGAAUGCAAGAUUUCUACAGAUCAACAAGCAAUCAUGUCGUGUCAGCCAAAUGUGGUGGCUGGUGCGGACAUUGCGGACCUGAUGGGGACGUAACGGUACAGCAAGAUGAAUGCAUCAGACAAGAUGAUCCGUGCAUAUCAAUUCAGUGUCCAUAUUAUUCUAUAUGUUACCGUCAUCCAAACUCGGAGCUUGGCUACAAAUGCGCUUGUCCAAAUCGUUGUUCCAGCCGGAUCGCGCAAGUUUGUGGUAGUAAUGGACGUACUUAUGAUAAUGAAUGUUUAAUGCAACAAGCUGCGUGUAGUAUGAAAACAAUGAUAGCACUUGUUAAACUGGGAAGUUGUGUGAGCGAGGAGGCAGUGGAUGUGAUUUAUUUGACGGACUUCACCAGUGAGCAAAGACAAACGAUGCUGAUUCAGACUCAUUCAUUUUAUAAAAAUCUGUUGAAUUUCUUUGAUUUUGAAUCAUCAAAAAGUCAAUUGGGAUACAUUAUGCAUUCUGCUACCGGCAACUCGUCCGUUGAAUUUUUUGAAUAUGGCUACAAUCUCACCGUUCUUCGAUCCUUUAUUCCAUACAUACCAAAUAAUCCAUACCGCAAGCCUUUGGAGAUGAUACUUACUGAGGUCUACAGCAACUUCAGUGCAAUGCUACAGAUUGGUUACCCUCGCUCUACCAUCCCUAAGGUGUUAGUUAUUGCUAGUGAUGGUUACUCCGUUGUUGACAGGCUGGAGUUUGAAAGAGCGGCGAAGUCUUUAAAAGAUCUAGGCGUGAUGAUUGUCAUGUUUGGUGUUGGAACCAGAAACUAUUAUAACAUUUUAAAACCAGCUGCAUCAGAUGAGGCGUACAGUUUUUGGGCAAGAUAUGAAGUUCAAAUGCCGUUAAUGAGCGCUAAUGUUGCUAAUGGUAUAACUUCAGGUUUACAAAGUUGUUUAUGGAAGAGGUGUCACUAUCAUAGUUAUUGUAUACAGCAUCGUAUUGGCCGAGCCGAGUGCGUCUGUCCCGAGGCGAGCGACUAUACAGAUCCUGUGUGUGGUAGCAAUGGGAGAACAUACAAAAAUUACGAAACUCUUAUUCAAGAUUCAUGUCAAAGAAGGACGUUUAUAACAUUACGGCAGCAAGGAGCCUGUACUGUUGGAGUUUGCAAAAGCAUGAUAUGUAGUCAUUAUUCAUUUUGUCAAGUCAACAGCUUGAAUGCAGCGCAAUGCGUGUGUCCAACUUCGUGUAGUACACGCAUGGAUCUCGUAUGCGGUAGCAAUAGUCAAGUGUACGAGAAUGAAUGUGAACUACGAAAAUGGUCAUGUAACAACAAGAUUGAUGUAACUGUUGCUCACACUGGACCAUGUAAAUCCAUUCCUAUUGAUGUUGUUUUUGCUAUUGAUGGUUCAAGCAAGGAUCAUCCCACUAGUUUCCUUCAAAUGAAGAAUUUUAUUAGUCGCAUUGUUUCAUUCUUGCCUGUAUCCAAGUCAGAGAUAAACGUAGGUGUGGUUGAGUACAGUGACAGGCAGUAUGCUGAAAUAAAUCUGGACGACUUUUACGACAGUAAAGCCAUCAUAAAAGAUAUACAACUGAUCAAAGCCAGCGAAGGUUCAUCAGCAAAAACUGGGAAUGUUAUCAAGUUUGUACGUGAACAAAUGUUUGCCCCAGGACUUAGAAAUCGACUUAAUGUGUCAAAAGUUCUUGUCUUGGUGACUGAUGGCAAGGAGUAUUCUAACGAUUAUCUCCUGUCUGAAGCAGAACUCAUGAAACAGACUGGUGCAAGAAUACUAGCCGUAAAAGUUGGAAGUAAACCUGACACAUUAAGUUUGGGCAAAGCCAUCAGUCCUACAGAAAAUCUUUAUUCAGUGAAUGAGGUCAAUAGUCUAAGGCGUCUUGCGUCGCCUGUUGCAAGGGAUAUAUUAAAAAUACCAAAAAGUACGUCUGACUCUUUGUUUGAUGUUGCGUUCAUUCUUGAUGGCUCCCAAAUAAGCCGAUCUGAAUUUUCCGAAAUAAAAGACGUUGCAAAGUCAUUAGUAUCAAAAUUGAACGUGGGAGAGGAUAAAACUCACAUUGGAGUCAUUGAAUUUGGACAAGAUGCAAGAAUAGCCUUGCCCUUUAGUUGGGUGAAUAACGAAAACCAAGUCAAAUUGUUUAUGGACACGAUCCAACCAACUGGUGGAACAUCUAGACUUGAUCGAGCAUUUACGAAGACAAAGGACAUCUUUAAUAUAGAACAAGGAUAUCGACCGGGAGCAAGUAAGAUUGCAGUGUUGAUUGUAAACAGUGAAUAUAAUGGUUUGGAUGUUACCUUGGAAAAGGCGAUGCAAGAUCUGAGGAAAGAUGGCAUAAGAGUGUAUAUUAUAGCUUCCAACAGACCAACUAAAGAGCGCUUAGAGACUUUAGUACAUAAAGAUGAUAUCACAAUAUUGACGAGAUUAUCAUUUGUGCAGAAUAAUGUCGAUCAAUUUGUGAAGCGUAUCAGAGAUGAAGAUGAAGCCAAUAUUCCUGUUUAUGACAUUGGAUUUGCUCUGGGUGCAUCUGGAUUCCGGCAAAGCGACCUCUUUCUUUUACAGAAAGAAUUCGCGAAGCAAAUCAUCGCUUUCCAGUCGAAUGCUAAGAGACGUUAUGGUCUUAUUGUAUAUGGUCCAGCGACAGUUAAAACUAAUUUUCAACUGUACAAAAAUGAGAAAUCUUUCAUGAAAAUUAUGAGUGAUGUCCCAUUACCAACCUCUUCUGACGCUAACCUUACGUCAGUUCUACGUCAAGCAAUGAAACUUUAUCAAUUCAGCCCGGCAAAAUCCCACAAGGUCCUGGUUUUGUUUAUUAACAUUUUGUUGCUUCCAACUGAAGUCAGUGCCUUAGCUGGGGCAGCACGUGAUCUUUAUCGUCAAGAUAUCCGUUUGAUUUUGAUAAACACCAAUAACAACGCGGACCAUUCAAAGUGGGUACCAGAUCCCUCGCUUAUUGUUGAUAUAGAUCCUCGCAAUACAAAUCAACGAGCUAACAUUUACAAGGCUGGAGGUUUCCUUUUCAAAGCACCGUGUUACGCUUUCCCGUGUCGCUAUUCUGCUAACUGCAUACCUCAUGCAGAUAAUACAGUCACUUGCCAAUGUCCAACAACUUGCCCAGAUCUCCAUGACGUUGGUCCAGUUUGUGGUAGUGAUGAUGUGACGUAUGACAAUCAUUGUGACUUAAGAAGAAAUUUGUGUCUUAAACAAACCGACAUCAUGAUAAAGAACCUUGGACAAUGUGUUGUUCAUUCACCAGUGGAUAUCGGCUUUCUUCUUGAUGGAUCUGGUAGCGUAGGAAAGGAUGGGUUCCGCCACGUUUUGAACUUCGUCAAUUUGGUUGUCACGGCUUUUCGUCUUUCCCACAAUGCCACGCAGAUUGGCGUCACUGAGUUCAGCAACCGACCAGUAAUUCAAAUACAACUCAACGAGUAUCAAAACUUGAGUCUUCUACAAGAUGAAAUCAGUAAGAUUACUGAUUCAGGUGGCCGUACCAGAACGGAUGUUGCUUUAAGAUCUAUGUCCCGGGAAUUUUUUACCUACGACAAAGGUUCUCGUCCAGGUGUCCCUAAAGUUGUUGUUCUUGUUACCGAUGGCAGAUCAACUGGAAGUGAGCCAUUGUCUGAUGCAGUUAAAGGACUUCGUCAAAUGGGAGCAAUUAUCUAUUCAGUUGGCAUCGGAGAUGAGAUCAGUGAGCAGGAACUGCACGAUAUAAGUAGGACAAGGAAAGAUAUUUUUUUAUCAAAAAAAUUUGAUUCAUUAGGCCUGCUUGCCCCAGAACUGGUGGAAAAGAUCAUGAAAGACCUUAGAGAUCUUCCUCUAUCAGAUAUGGAAGUGAUGUUUGCGAUAGGAGCUUAUGGAUUAAACGCUGCUAAUAUCUUUAACCAGGAGAAAACGAUAGUGAGCUCCAUUGUUGAUAGUCAGGGACUAUCGAGAGUCAGAUAUGGUCUUAUUCAAUAUGGCUUGGAUUUUGCCGAAGUUUCACGAAGUAUAUCUCAGUUUAGAAGCAACAAAGCAUUUAAAGAAUUUGUUGAAGCAACAGUUUUAAAAUCACGUGGUAAAUCUAUCUCAUUAGCGAUGGACGUUGCCAAAAAUGAAUUCUCAUCAAGCAAUGUUAAACGAAAAGUUUUAGUUGUUUUUAUGAAUGACUUGACGGCGAAAGAAAUCGAGAACUUAAAAAACGUCUCAGCCGAACUUCGUUCUCAUAGUGUUAAAGUGGUUGCAGUUGUUUACAGCAGCCGUCGCAUAAAUAAUGAGAUGUUUCAACCCAUUGUUUCAACUACAAAUGAUGUGUUUUCAUGGUUAAGAGAAAAUGAAACCGCGAUCGUUGGAAGUAGAGUUGCCUUGCAAAUAUUCAAAGAUCCUUGUCAAUCAAUCCAUUGUAAAACAAGUGCGCAGUGUAUGCGCACUGUAGAUGAUACAGCAGUAUGUGAAUGUCUGUACAACGACGUAUCACUAUUGGCUGAAGUGUGUGCAAGUGAUGGUAGAACAUACUCCAGUUUUACCAGCGUACAGCAUGCAUCGUGUCGUCAGGGUUUGCCACUCACCGUAAAACAUGAAAAAUCCUGUGAAACGAAGCCAAUCUAUGAUCUGUUAUUCAUUCUGGACGGCUCAUCGAGCAUGUCAUCACAAGAUUUCAAAGUUUUAAAGAUAUUCAUAAAAUCCAUCAUUGAUUUAAUGGAUAUUCAUAAAACUUCCACGCGAGUUAGUCUAAUAGAAUACAGUGAUAAGGCUUUUCUUCAAUUCCCCUUGAAUAAGUACUACGAUAAAGCUGCUCUUAAAGACGCCAUUGAUGAUGUGAUCGCGUCACGUGGUCUGAGGACUAAUACGGAUCUGGCUUUGCAGUUAGCCAUUGAUGAAGUUUUCAUCCGUAGUGCUGGUGACCGCCCGGGUGUACUAAAUGCUGUCAUAUUGGUCACAGAUAGUGAAUCUACUGGUAUUCUUCCUUUGUCUCAAGCUGUUAAACCUUUACGAGAGAUUGGGACAGAUGUUUAUGUCACGUCUGUUGGAGCAGCAACAGAUUUACAGGAAUUGCAUAAUUUAACAAGCGGAGAGAAACGAUUUUAUCAAGUUCAAAGUGUUUAUGAUCUUAUUAAGUUACCUUCUCGUCUCGUACGUAAUAUGAUCAGCAACACCCGAAAAGAUCUCUUGGAAAAGGAGUUAGAUAUAGUUUUUGCUCUCGGUGCUAAUGAUCCGAAUGGUGCGCGUAUAUUUGAAGAAGAAAAGGCGCUGGCCAUAUCCCUUAUGAGCCAACAGAAAGGGAUUCCUACACGUUAUAGCGUGGUCACAUAUUCCAGUACUUCAACCACAGAAAUGUCUAUGCAACCAUCAAUUGACACCUAUAGACUUGAAGAGAAUGUUCGCAGUCUCAAGUGGCCAGGUUCAGGCUCAGGUGUUCACUCAGCCUUAACUCAGGUCAAGUCGAUAUUCGACCAAUCAAAACCCGGCUCGCAGAAGGCUUUUGUACUCUUUAUGAGUGGCGAGGCGUCUGCACCCUUAGCAACUAUUCGUGAGUUAAUACAACCUUUAAUCAACCAAGGUGUGCGCAUUGUUAUGGUUGGUUAUGGUGAUCAAUUAAAUUACGACGAAUUGCUUGCAAUUGCCAAAAAUCCUAAGAAUAUUAUUACUCCAAGUACUGACAAAGAUAACGACACUUACAGAAUUUCCUUGGCUUUUUUGAAAAAUCCUUGUUCCAUGAUGAAAUGCCAACAUAAAGCUGUGUGUAAAAUGACUAUUAAUGAUACUGUGUCAUGUUCAUGUCCUUCAGUCUACGACUGCUCUUUAGCAGACAAAGCUCUUUGUGGUAGCGAUGGGAAAUCUUACCUCAAUGAAUGCCAUCUUAAUGCAGAAAUUUGUCAAAAUCAGAGAGAUAUCAAAAUCAACCAUAUGGGAAGAUGCGGACCUGCUCAUAUUUUGGAUCUCGCCAUUGCUUUUGAUGGUUCUGAUAGUCUGACUGAAGAAGAAUUUAAGAACCUUAAAGAUUUUGCAAAGUCAGUUGUUGAGACGUAUAACAUCUCUCCUCUCGAUACGCGUGUGGCUAUACUCGAAUACAGCAACCAUCCUCAAAUUGUCUCUACACUUCGUGAUGGCAUUUCUGCAACUAAAGUGUUUCAGACUCUGCAAAAUCUUAUUCCUACGCGCGGAGUGAAUAGCCGAAUGAAUGAAGUCCUUGAGGAAGCUGCUAGAAGCGUGUUUAAUCCUGAGGCAGGCGCACGCGCAGAAGUUCCUAAAGCAUUAAUUCUCAUUACGCACAGCAAGUCAUCAAGUCCUAGACCAUCUGUUCAGGUCCUUGAACAACUAAGAAUGAACGGUGUGAGAGUGUAUGUUGUGGGUAUUGGGAGUCAUGUGGAUACACCGGAGUUCGAGGGGAUUGCAGCAGGAAAAAGUGCAAUUUACUCCAUAAAUAGACCUAAUGAACUGCCUGGGAUCUCAAAGAAUGUUGUCAUGAAAAUCAACGAAGAUAUCAAGAGACAAAACGACAACAGUCAAUUGGAUAUUGCUUUUGUUGUUGGUGCAAGUAAUCCUGGUGGAAAAGAAAGCUUUCAAUCUCAGAUGAAUGUCGUAAAGGAAAUAAUUGUUCAAGAUAAACCAAUCUUUACUCGCUACGGUUUGAUAACAUACGAGAGUAAGGCGAACAUCAGAAUGGGAUUUGGGGAUUAUAAAGAUAACUCCAUAAUGAUGAAAUUUGUAGAUUUAAUACCAUGGACUGGAAAUGGUGCGGGACUUAAUGAUGCAUUGGACAAAGCUAAGGAGCUUUUUCAUGAAUCAUCACCACUCAAGUCUAGAAAAAUUUUAGUUGUCUUUAUAACAUCAUCAACUGGUGCUUCGAUCACUGAACUCAGAAGACAAACAAAAGAACUUCGUGAAACUGGUGUAAAUAUUCUUGUUGUUCCCAUCGGCAACAGGCCAGACAACAACGAGAUAUCAGCGAUCACCACCAAUAAAGACCUCGUGAUUCGUUUAAAUGCCACCCAAAACAUUGAUCCUGUGCUCAAGGGGAUUGUGAAAAUCAUUUUUACUGAUCCAUGUAGGGCGAUUAAUUGCAACUUUUACGGUGUAUGCGUGUCAUAUGAAGAUGGAAGAAGCCGCUGUGUUUGCAAGACAACAUAUCCUGAUAAUUACGAGCCUGUGUGUGCCUCUGAUCUGAGAACAUACAGCAAUGUUCACGCUAUGAAGGUUGCAUCAUGUCAAUCAAAUAUCACGAUCGCCAAAGUAUCUUUUGGAGAAUGCAAUUAUGAGAAGUUGAGAGUAACGGAUCUGGCCUUUGCUUUGGAUGGCUCUCGUCAACUUACCGUGCAAGAAUUUAAUCGUUUGAAGGCAUUUGUAAAGACUGUGAUUCAAGAAUAUGACGUGUCAGAGAGAGGAACACAUGUUGCCGUGAUUGAAUAUAGUGAUGCUGCAAGAGUUGCAAUAUCGUUCAAAGAUACGAAAGAUUUAAAUAGUUUCAAAGCAGCAGUUGAUCGUGUUCGACCUUCUCUUGGCAACAUGGCGUCUGUAAACGAAGCAUUGAAAUUGGCCAGAGAAGAAUUGUUCAGUCCUAUUGGCGGUAGUCGUCCAGGAAUUGCAAAGGCUCUGGUUGUCCUCACAACAGAUGGCAAAGACGACCCAACGACGGAUGAUACUGCUUUCCUGUUAAGACAAGAUGGCGUUGUAGUUUUUGUGAUUGGUCUAGGAAAACAAGUUGACCCGACGAUGUUGAGAAAUAUUUCAGGGAACGAAAAUCACGUGUACGUCGUACCCAGUGUACAAGGAUUGUCAACCGUUGUACGUGAUGUGAUAAAGGAUCUUGACAAAGGCAAAGGAGACUCACUCGAACAUCUUGAUGUUUUGUUUGGUGUUGGUGCCUCGGGCAGCCGUGCAAUGGAUGUUUUUGAGUAUGAGAAAAAACUUGUGAAGCACAUUAUUAAUCUUCCUACUAUAGUUAGAACGCGUUAUGCCUUGAUUGAUUAUUACAACGCUACAAAUAUUUUGAUCGACCUGAACGAUUAUAAGGACAAAGAAAAACUUCAAAAGCGAAUCGAUCUUCUAAAGUGGCAAGGAAAUGGUGAUCAGUUUAUGGAUAUUUUCACUACAGUUGAAGAGACCUUUAAAUGGGGCAAAGGUUCAAGAAAAGUUUUCUUGACCUUUAUCAACGAUCUUCAAAACGUGGAUCUCAAUGUAAUAAAGCAGUCUGUAAAAACUUUAAAUUCUGCCGGCAUUAAAGUCAUUGUAGUUGGUCUUGGAGAGAGAGUUUAUUAUGAGGAAAUGCUUGCAAUUACAUCAUUGAAUGGUUUGUCUGGGAAAACAACCCACAGCGUUAAAAGACUUGGUGAUCUUAUUGGUGCUGCAGCUUUGAAAGAUCCGUGCUCAACAGUUCGUUGUUCAUAUCAUGGCCAAUGCAUCGCCAAUGUUAAUGAUUCAUACACAUGUCAGUGUCGUGAUGUGGACUCGUGUCAUGGAAAACACAAUCCAGUGUGUGCUACGGAUGGAAAUACAUACAUCAAUACUUGUUUUAUGAAGAUCUCCUCUUGUAGGAGAAAAAUUGAAAUGGAUAUAAAACAUGAUGGGAUAUGUGUGUCGGAAAAUGUUCUUGACCUCGUCUUUGUGGUCGAAGGAUCCAGACAUGUCUCUCCACAACUGUUUAUGCAGUAUAAGAACUUUAUAAUAUCAGUCAUCAGUAAAUUUGACAUAUCUGAUACAGGCAGUCAUGUUGCACUUGUUGAAUACAGUGACAAGGCUUCCGUUGUUAUUUCUUUGAAAGACUUUCAAAAUCCAGAGUCUUUGAAGUUAGCGGUGGAAAGAGUUAAAGCAUCUCGUGGUUUAGGUGUGGUUACAGACCAAGCCAUAGGACUGGUAGCUAGUCAAGUGUAUACAUUGGAGCAUGGUGCGCGACCUGGAGUACGAAGAGUUGUUAUAGUUCUCACAAGAAGCCCGUCUACUGGUAGUGAAUCUUUAAGAUUGUCAUCUCAAGCUCUCGCUGAUCGUGGAGCGAGAAUGAUAGUCAUCUAUUCUGGUGAAAAGGAUAACUUCAAAUUAAAGAAUAUGACUUCUGAUGGUGUUUUCAAUGUACCUCAAAAUGCUGACUUUGACAUUCUUGGCUCAAACAUCGCCAAUAAAAUCAUGUCUGACAUAGAGAAAGAUAAAAGGAAAAAUAUUUUGGACGUGAUAUUUGUGCUUGGUGCCAAUGGCGUUGAUGCUGAAACCAUAUUCUCCAAACAGAAAGAACACGUGAAGUCUUUAAUUGGCAAAGCUAAACACGUGAAUGCUGCAUUUGGUGUUGUUCAGUAUAGCUUUUUUGGUCGAAAGACCCUGUCAAUGACUCCUCAAUCCAGUAAACAAGAUCUUUGGUCUAAAGUUGACAAUUUUAAACUAUUGAAAUAUGGUAUAAGACCGGAAGAAGGUAUGAAGAUAGCCGUACAAAUGUUUAAGGAUGAAGGUCGCAUGAAUGCUCGUCGUUUGGUCCUACUCUUCGUAAAUGGUUUCGUGACAGCAAACAACCCACAAUUGUCACGCAUGAUUCAAUCUUUGUCUGACGAGGAUAUUGAAGUAUUUGUGGUUGGAUAUGGCUCAAAUGUUAACCAAGAUAAAAUGAAAAUUUUUUCAACACGAGUAGACAAUAUGUACAUUGUGCUGCCUCGUGAAACGUUGGAAAAUACAACCUCAAUUAUUGCUGAGAAAACGCUCACAGAUCCAUGUGCUACAGCAAAAUGCCAGUAUGGCUCAAUAUGUCAUGUUUCGUCCAAUCGUUCUAUCUCAUGUAUUUGUCCUUCGUGUGAGAAAACUUCGCAAGACACUGAGAGAAUUUGUGGAGAUGAUGGAAUGACAUACGAAAGUAACUGUGCAAUGCAAGCUACUGCUUGCAGGGAAAAGAAAAUUAUAACAAAAGCUUACAGUGGACAUUGCGACCUCUGCGACACAAGAAGAUGCAAAUUUAACGGUGUUUGUCGUGUUGUAUCUGGUAACAAUACGGAAUGUUUGUGUCAGCGUGAUAUAACUACAGUUUAUGAAGCAAUAUGUGGAACUGAUGGUCAUACAUAUAGUAAUCUCGAUGAAAUGAUGUUAGAAAAUUGUCGAAGGAUGGCACAAACGGAAGUCUUGCAUUUUGGUGCUUGUGUUUCAAAGCCUUACCCUGCUCCAAAGAAUGCCAUCGAUCUUGUUUUUAUUUUGGAUGGCUCCAAUAGUUUGACCAGAAUGCAAUUUGAUAACGCAAAGAAACUCGUAUCACGUUCCUUAGAUCGUUACACCAUCUCAUCUGACCACACUCAGGUUGCUGUCAUUGAGUAUAGCAAUACUGCACGUGUUGUGGCAUUUUUAAAUGAUUAUAUGGAACGUAAUGGACUACAGGAUGUAUUAGAUAACCUCCAACCCUCGCGUGGUUUAAAUGCCACUGUUGGUAACGCCCUAGAAUUAGCCGCUGACCAUGUAUUUGUUCCUGAGCGAGGAUUACGUUUAGGUUUUCCAAAAGCAUUGGUUCUUCUUACCAAUGAUAGGUUGAGUGACACAGAAUCUUACCGUUAUGCAGUGGAGAAAUUAAGAAAGAAAGGUGUUCCAGUAUAUGUUGUUGUUAUGAAUGAAAAACAUGAUAGUAAGGAAAUAGAGGAUGUUGCAACUAGCCCUAAACACGUGAUCAACACUCGUAUACCGGAUGACGUGAAAAACCUUGGACCUAAACUAACCCACGUGAUUGAUGAAAGCAUUGAGAAACGUAAAAAGCUUCAUGCUGUGGAUAUGAUAUUUGUCAUGGGUUCUUCAGAUCCAAAUGGUCGCCUUAUUUUUGCUAAACAAAAGAUAUUGUCAAAGAAAUCGUAGAUAUUCCUUAUCACAGUGAUGUAAGGUUUGGUGUUGUGCAAUAUGAUAGCUAUCCAUCAGUGCCUGUGCGCUUAGGCUAUAUUAGGGAUAAGGAUAAUCUGAAACAAAGUAUUAAUACAAUGACGUGGAG